AUGAUACCCUGUAAUCGUAGCGCAUACAGACAUAGACGGGGCGGGGCACAUAGCUCGUAGAGCUGAUGGCCGCUGGGGCAGGAAAGUUCUUGAGUGGCGACCACGAGCCGAAAGACUUAGCGUGGGCAGGCCUCCCACUAGGUGGACCGACGAUCUGGUGAAGGUCGCGGGAGGUGCCUGUAUGCGAGCGGUGCAGGAUCGGUCUUCGUGGAAAUCCUUGGGGGAGGCCUUUGUCCAGCAGUGGACGUCUUUUCGGCUGAAACGAACGAACGAACGAUACGUAUUACCACUAUUUACCAGACAUUACUAUUUAUUGCAUACUCGCCGGAUUACACGUAGGAGCACGCGCGUAACAGCUUCGGCCUUGCAUUAUUAUAAGAUCUUGUUCCGCCCUUUUACGAACUUCCUCCGUGAGGAUAUCCCCGCCGAAUUCUAUGAUGAACCUAUCAAAAGUCAUAUUCUGCAAUGUCAACCCACCACAAGGUGGACCGACGACCUGAUAAAGGUAGCGGGAAGGCGCUGGAUGCAGGCCGCUACCAACCGUGCGAUGUGGAAGUCAUUGGGGGAGGCCUAUGUUCAGUAGUGGACGUCCUGUGGCUGAAAUGAUGAUGAUGAUGAAGAAAUGAAUGAAAAUGACAAAUCUUCGAACGUGUAGGUAUAAUACCGUGCCAAACUAUUGCCGUUUUUGUUGUAAAGAUCAUGCAGCGCUACUUGCGGAUAUUAUUGGAAAGAAAACUAUGUGGGCUCUAGAUCUGAAGCCGCUUUAACGAACACGAAGUGCUCAUACAAUGCGGCGUAUUUUCUUCCAGUCUUUAGUCAGGACUUUAGUCGAAUUAAAACCCCGGUUGAACGUGAUAUAGCCGCACUAGAAUACGAUGCUUUUUUGCAUAAUCGCAAGACUUCGUUCCGGUGUCGACCGAAUGUUAUCAUGAUGUAUGUGGCCCAGGGGUUACCGUAGCCGCUAAGGUUUGAAACUUCUUGCUUAAAAUAUUGUAGUCUUUGGCAUAGACUACGAUGGUAGUCAUGGAGAUAGGAGUUUGUUAUCUCGUGUCAGAUGUAAAUGGUGAAAAGAAAACUCAUGAUUCGUGGUAUUUUUAUGUAAUAUGUAGGUAUUUUAUAAAAGUGGAACCCCGAGUGAUCUCCAAAACCCAUUCUAUUAUUAUAUACGAUUCGGCUUCGAUAUCUAUAAUACAAUAGGAGUUUAUUUCAUGUGUCAGAUGACAAGGGUGGAAACAACCUACGAUUCAUGUUGUUUAUUUACGUGCAAUAUGUGGGCAUAUUGUAAAAGUGGAAUGCCGAGUUGUAUUUCUAAAACUUGUUCUAUUAUUUUAUACUAUUUGGCUGCGACUCGGCGUGACGACAAUACAAAACAUUUUUCGCGAAUCGGUGUUCAUACAUUCACACAAUACAUUAGACGCCAUGUUGUCAUAAACGACAUAUUAUAAAAUCGCUGUGAUUUAAUAUUCUUACGGUCUUAUUCAUAAUCAUUUUUCACAUUUUAUCAAAUGCUUAUUAGAGGUUUAUAAAACGUUUGAUAAAAAUUGUUAUUCAUAAUCGUCAUUUAGCGCUAAAAUCCUCUUUUAUCUGUGUGAUAAGUUAUCGAGAGCUCGGGCCUUGUUUAAAGCUAUAAUAAACCUAUUUUAACCUAACUUUUAUAAAUGUCAUUUCAUAUGAAUGUCACUUCGUUGGUUUAUUUAUUCAAAAUAUCCUUGCUGUGAUCCUUGCUUGUGAAAAUGAAUGCUAUAAAUGCAAUUGUGCAUUUAGCCAAUAAUGCCGACCCAGCGCGACGUAGAAAGCUCUACCGCCAACGAAGCAACCCAUUCGAUUUGCGGGACCUAAAUUUUAAAAUAAAAUAUAGGUUCAAUAAGGACACAGUGCGCACCAUCAUAGAUUUGGUGGAAGAUGAUCUGGUUCAGAGCGCUAGAGGUGGUGGCACGUGUCCUGAACUGCAAGUUUUAGUGGCCAUAAGAUGUUGGGGACGUCGUGAGGUACAAGAUGAUGCUGGUGACCUCCAUGGCCUAAGUCAGCCGACAGUGAGCCGGAUAUGCGCCAGAGUCGCGCAUGCAAUCGCGAAUAAGGCAAAUUCCUUCAUCAAAAUGCCUAUCACUAUAGGAGAGCAGGAAAGAAUUAGUGCCAAAUUUAGAGCAAUUAAAAAUUUUCCUGGGGUGAUAGGAGCCAUAGAUUGCACCCACAUUAAAAUUAAAAAAACCGGAGGUGACAUGGCCCAGUACUAUAUUAAUAGAAAAGGCUAUUAUUCCCUGAAUGUUCAGGUUGUCUGUGAUGCUGACCUCAAAAUAAUGGAUAUAGUGGCUAGAUGGCGAGGCAGUACACAUGACAGUCGAAUUUUUAUGGAGAGCAAUAUAAAACAACGAUUUGAGGAUAGGCAGUUUAGAGGACGCCUUAUUGGCGAUUCGGGCUACCCUCUUCUGCCAUAUCUAUUUACACCUAUUUUAAGGCCUAGUCGUCCAGAAGAAGAAGCAUACAAUAAUGCUCACAUCUCAACUAGGAACACUGUUGAAAGGUGUUUUGGGGUGUGGAAGCAGCGGUUCCAAUGCCUACUCCAUGGCUUACCAGUAAGCCUCCAAAAUGGAAAAGCUGUGAUCAUAGCAUUGGCUGUAUUACAUAAUAUAGCCAUUGAUAUGAAUGACACAUUGUUAGAACAACAUAUGGAGCAGGUCCCUGUAACUCCGCAACUUUCGACGGAGAACAGUGUUCACGACAACCGACCUUCAUUGUUGAGGCGUAGGUCGCAGUUGAUACUACAAAAUUUUAUAAAUCAACAUUUUUGAAUGAUACUGUUCCUGGCAUCUUAAUGAAAAUAAAAAGAAUAUUUGAUUGAAAAA